AAGUGGUCAUUUUAAUCAGGCAGUGACGUGAACAGCUCCAGUGCAGAGUGAGGAGAUAAGUGGAGUGUGUUAGCUUGUUGUGAGGGUGCAGAGGACUUGACGAGCGGCGGUGGCGGCAGAGGACAACCCACGGAGCUCCACACAGCAUGUCCUGGUUAAUGUUUAGCCUGGCAGCCAGCAGCCUUUGGCCCCGCGGUCUGCUCAAGAUCAACGGCCUCAGUCUGGCUCUAAUCUCCAGGAACUACACUACUAAAAUGUCGUCCGACUCUCAUUGGCUCCCUCCAGCCGACCGGGACCAGCACGUGAUGGAGUUGAGGGCCGCGGGCUGGAUGGAGGUGGAGGACCGCGAUGCCAUCUUCAAAGAGCUUCACUUUAAAACCUUCAACCAGGCAUUCGGCUUCAUGUCGCGCGUGGCGCUGCAGGCCGAGAAGAUGAACCAUCAUCCUGAGUGGUUCAACACUUACAACAAGGUGCACAUCACAUUGACCACGCACGACUGCGGCGGACUGUCCAAGCGAGACAUCAAGAUGGCCAAGUUUAUUGACAAGGUGGCUCUUUCCAUGUAAAUAAAACAAAUAUAUAUUUAUUUACAUAUUAUUGCUAUAAUUAUUAUUGUAUUGGGAAAAAGGCGCCUUAAAAUGACUUUGCAGACACCCGCAUAGCUUCAUCUCUAUGUAUUUCUUCCUAUAUUCCGUGCGCAAUGCUCGCUAGUGUCUUUUUUCCAGUCAAAAAUGCGAAGAGGGACUAUGCAGACGACCGCAUAAAGUUUUAUUCCGAGUCUCUGUUUCUCGUGGAUUCGUUGGCGUAUUUUUGAAAGGGCUGCGAGGGAGGGGGGGUUGAUUUACACUUGUCUUUCGCCCCCAACAACAAAAUCAUUAGAAUCCCCCCUCAAAAAAAAGAGGAGAAAGAAGAAGCCACCUCAGCAAGACUGGGCUCCAAAGAGAGCUCCUCCAGACAAGAGCGCUCACUCGCAGAAAAGUCUGAAAACCACUUUGCCUCUUCCCAACUUUACUUUGUCCAAUACUGAGUUUAUGUUUGUCUUGUUUUGUUCAAUCAUAAAUGGAAUUUCUACACUGA